AGGGGGAUCAUAUAAAAGUCACACCAUCCAAAUUUCCUUUUCCAACAGUCUGUCAUGAAUCACAAUCAAAAGAUUGGUUCUCUUCAAUUUCACGGUGUUUACAUUGGAAUGAACGUGAACGUCAAAAGAGUUUUGUGGUAGUAGAAGAAGAAAACAGUGAAGAUGAAUGUAAUGAAGAUGAUGAUACAUCAACGAAAGUUAGUGAAUCAAGUGAACAAGAAUCAUUAGAAUAUAGUGAAGUUAAGUUGCAAAACACUCAAGAGAAUCACAAAUUGGAUUUGAGUAGUAAUGUGAAUAAAAAUAAUAAACAACUUCAUCGAAAUGAUCAUGCAUUUGCUUGUCUUAGAAAAGACAGUUCUGAUUCGAGUAGUAAUAAUAGUGGUGGCGAUUCAAGUAGUAAUAAUAGUAGUGGUGAAGAAGAGUGGAAG